GAAUCAGACACACUUUGGAGUCAUGGAAACAAAGAUGAAACAAGCAGAAUUGGAAUUCAUGAGAAGAUAGCCCCACCCCACUCCAGGAAGGUUCCAGAGAAGAACUCCACCCCCACUCCAACCAGGUCACAAUGGCUGGAGCUCUGAGGGGCUCAGGCCCCCUGAGCCAGGAGGAGAGGAGGAAGUCCAAGGAAAGAUGGCUGGCAGUCACCCCUACUUCAACCUGCCGGACUUCACCCAGCCAUCGCCGGCCUCCACUCCGCCCAACCUCCCCUCGAACCAGCGCUGCUGGCCCUCGGAUGCAACCAAGGGCCUGCUUGUUGCCUUGCUGGGUGGGGGUCUGCCUGCUGGCUUCGUAGGCCCCUUCUCCCGCAUGGCUUACCAGGCUUCCCACUUGCCUUCGCUGGAGCUGCUCAUCGGUCGAUGCCUCUUCCACCUCCCCAUUGCCCUGCUACUUAAGCUGCGUGGUGACCCACUGCUGGGACCUCCUGAUGUCCGGGGCCGGGCCUUCCUCCAUGCUCUGCUCAACGUCCUCAGCAUCGGAUGUGCCUACAGUGCGGUUCAAGUGGUGCCUGCUGGCAAUGCUGCCACUGUUCGUAAAGGUUCUUCUACCGUGUGCUCCGCUCUCCUCGCCCUCUGCCUUGAGAGUCAGGGUCUCAGUGGCUACGACUGGUGUGGCCUGUUGGGUAGCACCCUGGGAUUAAUCAUCAUUGUGGGACCUGGACUAGGGACACUGCAGGAGGGGACCACAGGCCUCUACACUGCCCUAGGCUAUGUGCUGGCUUUCCUAGGAGGUCUGGCUCUAUCACUGGGGCUUCUGGUCUACCGCUCCCUGCACUUCCCCUCCUGCCUACCAACAGUGGCCUUCCUAUUUGGAUUGGUGGGGCUUUUGGGCUCUGUGCCAGGCCUCUUUCUGCUACAGACCCCUGUGCUACCCAAUGACCCUCUGAGUUGGAGCUGUGUGGGAGCAGUGGGGAUCCUUGCUUUGGUCUCCUUUGUGUGUGUGAGCUAUGCAGUCACCAAGGCCCACCCUGCCCUGGUGUGCGCUGUCCUGCACUCUGAGGUGGUAGUGGCCCUGAUGUUGCAGUAUUAUGUCCUCUAUGAAACUGUGGCACCUUCUGACAUCAUGGGGGCAGGGGUCGUGUUGGGCAGCAUUGCCAUCAUCACUGCCCAGAACCUCAGCUGUGAGAGGGAAGGGCAGGUGGAGGAAUGCCAUCAAACUUGAGAGCCUGGGGGUUGGGGGGGGACAGGGGUAAAUAGGAGGAGAGACUGGAAUACAAACAUGGGCGUACAAGUGAUUGGAGAACAACUGGUGUGGGAGAGGGACACCCCUCAGUCAAAGGUGGAGAGGGAUAUUCGGAAGAUCUGGAACAAGCCUGGGGAUCAAGGGAUAUGGAGUCAAGGCUAGGUCCUGUGAAUCAGGGCACAACUAUAAGGAGUAAGGUCUCAGAUCCAAGGGGCUGAUGCAGGCUGGCUGUGGGCCACCAGGAGGAUUCCCCACUGCAGCAGAGAAGAGCAUUGGGGCAGAAGUGUGCCAGCAGCGGGCAUUCAGGCUAACAGACAGAGCCAGCAGCUGCACUGGGGGAGGGGAGUGUGCCUUUUUCCUUAGGCGAUGGUUUCCUUUCCUCGUGGUUGUGCCCCCCUCCCAGGGUGGUGACGUGACACUGACAUCAAACAAGGAUCAUUCUGAAUGUGGCUAUGCAGUCGGUGUCAUCUCUGCUUUGGAGGGAGGGUAGAAGUCCUACACCUCUCUUAUUGGAGAAUCCCUUGGGAUCCCCGCCCCCCCAAUCUUAUUUCUGAAAUAUUCUAUAAAGUGGAGGAUUUCCUAAUGUUCAGAUUCCUUGACACUCCCCCCUACCCAACCCCCCGCCAAAUCCCCUAGGAUUUUCGUGUUCCGCCCCAUGGCUAAUCUGCUUUUCCCGGAUUGUUGCGGUCCCGUGAUCUCUCCCAGACAGUUGCUAGCCUCCUUCCGGAGCAGGCCUCUGAGCUGAGGCCUCUUCGAACGGCUCAGCCAGAGGAUCCAGCACCAAAGCUGAAUUCAGCGCUCGAUUAGAGACCAGGAGAUGCCCACUCAUUCCUGAAAGCCGCUCGACAAAUACUGCCUACUUCCGGACAAACGAUUGAACUCGCCAUCUUGAUCUGUUCAUGCAUAUUCAACGAGAAAUUGCAUAUUCAUGAUCAAGGACGGACCCAGCACUCCUCCGGGAACCUACUCUGGAGGACCCGACCGGCCCCGCCUCCAUUACCGAUCCGCGGAACAGACCAUUUUCCUGAUGGGGGGGAUAUUAAUGAGAGACUUUUGCUGAAGAUGAAACCAUACUCCAAAGUAGAAUUAAAAAGGCCUAAUUUUGUCCUCGA